GAUCCCUUUUUUUUUUUUUUACGAAGACAGCAUAAUGAAGUUCUCAAACUCACUGAUUGUACAAGGUGCACCGCUUUGAUGAAAUGUGAUCGGUCGUUAUAUUGUCUUAUUACAGUUAUAUGCUAGGUUCGGGUGUAAUGGCAGCAGGAGUAACGUUACAAGGCAGGUUGUCCAGUUAAUGAACAUUCGGCUGCAGGAGUGUGGGAAAAAUAGACACCAUCUGAUAUGCCAUCUCUUACAAUGACAGAGAUCGAGGACUGUCAAAGGCGCUUUCAGGCGGCUGUCGACGUCAUUCAAAGCCUACCCAAAAAUGGUUCCUACAGACCCUCUUAUGAAGUUAUGCUGAGGUUUUAUGGUCUAUACAAACAGGCAGUCUGUGGCCAAUGUACAGCGUCACGCCCAGGAUUCUGGGACCCUGUAGGCCGUUACAAAUGGGAUGCUUGGAAUCAGCUUGGAGACAUGAGUCGGGAGAGUGCCAUGGCUGCUUAUGUGGAUGAAAUGAAGAAAGUUGCACAAGAGGUUAUAGACACCAUGCAAAUCAAUGAGAAGACUGCAUCUUUUUUCCAUUAUUUUGAACCUCUCUAUCAUGUCAUUCAUGAUAUGCCCAGACCUCCAGAGCCACUUUUAUCUCUCAGAUCAGAUGUAAAUGCCAGAGAACCAACUUAUGGUUGGGCUGAUCAUGAAGUGGAGAGGGCAACUCGAGAACCCGCUCUUCAACAGGAGGACACAGGGAUGGUUCCUGAAAGUGAACUUCAAUCUGAUAGUUCAGAGGCACAUGUGUCUGAGGUUCAGAGGCUGGCCAGUGACUCAGAGAGUGAAAUCUUCUGUGACUCGUUGGAACAGCUGGACACUGAUAAGCUUGCUGCAAUGCCAGAUGGUAAUGCCAGUUCCCAGAAUGGGCAUUCACUCAUUGAGACCUCUGGAAUCCAAGUGCGUCAUUACAGCCCUCUCUCUCAGGUGAUUCAGAUCGGUGCUGGACAUGGUGGUGAGGGGGCAGAAGAUAGGCAUGGUCCUCCCAUUAGGAGGAGAACCACAGGGAGUGAGGGGAUGCAGCAGGGCUGGAGGAAUCCCUCAGUUGCGCCCUCUGAUGGAGCAGAGCAGGAGAUAAAAACUUGCUGGGAGGUUGCUGCUUCAGUGAGCGAUGGCUUGAAAAUGACAAAUUAUGGUUAAAAUGAGAACUAAAUACUUGAGUAAUACUCCUGGUAAGUCUGUAUUUUUUUUUUUCAUGGAAGAGUCUGUGCUUUCAAGCCAUAUAUAAGGUAAACAAAAAUUUCCCUGCUCAGUUAAACUAAAUCUUUAAGACUGUCGCGAUUAAAGUGAAAACGAAUGAAAAAGUGUGUAUUGUGGCAUACGUUUAAGAUCUGCUCACAAUGCAUACAAAUUUCUGCUCAAAUUUCUUUAUGCAGGUUUUUUCCCCAGCGUUAGGGUUAGGUUAUUGAUAGGCAUUAUAACAAAUCACACAUGGUGUUGCAUAUGUAUUAUUUUUAUUGUUAUUUAAUUCUAACAUUAUAACAUGAAUAGUAGUGAAACUGUUAUACAGUUUAAAUUAUUUAUACCAUAGUCCAGUGUUUCCCA